CAUAAAAGACACCACCCAGGCUGUCCGGGGCAAGUGCGUGGAAGUGUGCCGCAGUGGACAUCACCUGAUCGGCUUCUCUCCUCUCCUCCUCCCGCACUGCUCUCCAGAAUGUCGCCGCGGGAAGAGAAGUGCACGCAGGAGGGAAGACUGAGCACCCGGAUGCCGGCUCUUUGUUUAUGUGUUGUAAUGAUAUCUGCGCACUUGCUGGCUCCCGUGACGCGCGUGUGCACGUAGGAUUCUAGUGCCAACCCUUUUUUUUCUCCUUUUUUUUUUACACGACAUGCUUUUUCACCGCAGCCCGCUUGAAUGUAGCAUUGCGUGCAGGCUAACGUGAACUUUUUGGAGGCGAUGCUGCGGACCCUCAACACCCCCCAGGCCGAACAUUGGGUGCUGCCGAAGUGCGUCACUGAGUGCGAAGCGCUGCAGGUAGGCGAGCCCACUCCCCACGACGGGAGUGCUCCUCAUCCCCCGCACACGAUGUCGCCUCCCGGGGCGAGCGACUAACACCAGCGCCGGGGAUGGAUGCAGCGGAGGACCCGAGCAAAGAUCUGCCACUCCUUGGAUCGUCGUUUUGCUCAGUCCCCGACUUGGACUCGGACAUCAACGCCAAUGCCUUCAGGGCCGUCUAUGAGAACGGGGCGGACGACAAUGUCCUGCGGGGGGCCAGCGACCCCAGCGCCUACCCCUCCGCGGACUACCGCGGGCUGCUCCGCCAGAGGUUCAUUCGGCGGAGCCUGUGGGUGUCGGACUCCGACGAGCACGCGGUGGACGCGGCGGAGUGCGCGCACAGCACCCCGAUGCUCAAUAUCGACCUGCGCGCCAUCGUCGGCCGGACUCGAACCCGCGCUCUGCAUGCGAGCCGCCGCCAGGAGAACGCAGCGACCGAGCCGGAGGCGGACGUCAGCGCGGGAUCCGGCCAGGAGGAGGAGAAAGGUGACACCUGCCGAGGCCAGGUCAAGGAAGAGGGCGUGUCCUGUGACGUCACGGGCAAAGCAGGAAGCGAUGAGAACGAAGAGGAGCCCGGGAUGAAAGCCGUGUCCACCUCGCCCGGGGGCCGCUUCCUCAAGUUUGACAUUGAGCUGGGGAGAGGCUCCUUCAAGACCGUCUACAAAGGUCUGGACACCGACACCUGGGUGGAAGUGGCGUGGUGCGAACUCCAGGAGCGUAAACUGUCCAAAGUGGAGAGACAGCGCUUCAAGGAGGAGGCCGAGAUGUUGAAAGGUCUUCAGCAUCCCAACAUUGUUAGGUUUUAUGACUUCUGGGAGUCACCCCUAAAAGGCAAGAAGUGCAUUGUUCUGGUGACAGAGUUGAUGACCUCAGGGACGCUUAAAACCUAUUUGAAGCGCUUCAAGGUGAUGAAGCCUAAGGUUCUUAGGAGCUGGUGCAGACAGAUCCUGAAGGGCCUCCACUUCCUCCACACCAGGACGCCGCCGAUAAUCCACCGAGACCUCAAGUGUGACAACAUCUUCAUCACGGGGCCGACAGGCUCUGUCAAAAUAGGAGACCUGGGCUUGGCAACGCUGAAGAGGGCUUCCUUUGCUAAAAGUGUUAUCGGUACACCAGAGUUCAUGGCACCAGAGAUGUACGAGGAGCACUAUGACGAGUCUGUCGAUGUCUACGCUUUCGGCAUGUGCAUGCUGGAGAUGGCCACGUCAGAAUAUCCCUACUCUGAGUGCCAGAACGCCGCCCAAAUCUACCGCAAAGUCACCAGUGGCGUAAAACCUGCCAGCUACAGCAAAGUAAGCGACCCAGAAAUUAAGGAGAUUAUCGGGGAGUGCAUCUGUCACAGAUGGGAGGAAAGGUACUCCAUCAAGGACCUCCUGAACCACGCCUUCUUUGCAGAGGACACAGGCGUGAGGGUGGAGCUCAACGAAGAAGAUGAUGGCAAGAAGUCUUCCAUCGCUUUAAAGUUGUGGGUGGAAGAUCCUAAAAAGCUGAAAGGGAAGUACAAGGACACAGGCGCCAUUGAGUUCACGUUCAACCUGGUGAACGAGGUGCCAGAAGUUGUGGCGCAGGAGAUGGUGGAGUCCGGCUUCUUCCUGGAUUGCGACGUCAAGAUUGUUGGCAAGUCAAUCCGGGACCGCGUGGCUCUGAUCAAAUGGAGGCGGGAGCGCACCGCCUCAUCGGGAAACGGCGAGGCGUCGGCGAAGAAGACUCAGCAGAACCUCCUUCAGGUGCCCGGUACUUCUCGACCACAGGGGACCGCAUUAGCCACCACUGAUUAUGAAGACCAGGAGGCGGAGCAUCAGCCUUUGAUUUGCACUGUCCCAGUCACCUUGUCCACCACAUCGGAGAGCGGGGCGAGCUCCACCGUGCAGUCGGACGAUCUCAGCAAACAGCAAAAUGGCUGCUACCAGUCCCUGCCUGAGCUGGCAUGCCCGGCGGCACAGGCGGUCUACAGUCCUCCUGAGCCUUUGGCGCAGCAAGGACCCUACCAGCAAGCCCUGGCACAGGCCUCGCGUGAGCAGUACACGCAGGACGCCACGCAUCAGCAAACCACAGGUCAGCUGCAUCCUGCGGCUUAUCAACAACCUGCUGCACAACCGCACCUGGGGUCGGACGAGUCUCAAACAACGGUUUCUGCUCCGUCCACGCCGGCCCCUGCUGCAUACCAGAGUAGACCGACAGCACAAAGCUUCCCAACUGCAACGCCCAUUGUACAGACGCAGCUCACUGCCCAUCUCGGCCAGGACCAGCGAUUACCUGCUGACCAGCCUGCAGCUCACUUGAGUCCUCCUGACUUCCCAGUUGGGUUACCACAGUGUGGCACCAGUGCACCUCCUCCUGUACUGCCCCUGCACAUCAGCACACAGUUUCCCUCAUCAUAUUGUGUUCAAGCAGGGGGCAUCAGGCCCCCUCCUUUCUCCCUGGCUCCUUUAGGUAGCCCUUACUACUCCCCUUCACCUCAUCACCACGCCAUCAUCCUGACUCCUCAUUCUGCCUCCAUUAGCACACUUCAGAACCCCCGGUCCACACCUCCGCCAGUUUUCCCCGCCCCACGUCUUGCCAUGACCAUGUCCUUUGCAGUGCCCCAGCAGCACAGUGGCACAGCUGCAAACACUCACAGCUUCCAUUCCACACAUGCCUUACCUCUUUCCCAGGUACAAACCAUCCCAUACUCUGUCCCCCACUCUGACCAACAACUGGCUGAACAGCCUGUCCAGGUGCAGACUGCAGCUCCACAGGGGAAUUUAGGAGACGAUCAACUUUUGACCCCACUUCCACCUGUCCUUCCUACUCUUCAGAUGCCUCCCUGGGGAACUGGAGCAGAUGUAGAAACUCCUGCCGCCAGCACAGACCUAGGUGUAGCCCCUUCAUUUCACGCCUCAGCAGCGCUUUCAGCUCCAGAGGAGGUGGAAACUCAAACUCCAGCGUUAAUCCAGGCAAAAAGUCAAGCGCCAGGAGGCCAAGUGUUGACUCAAUCAGCAACUUCCAUAGCAGUCGACGCAGCGAUUUCCACAUCACCAAAAGUCUUGUCUACUAUCACAGUUCAUGAUUCUUUUACUCGAGGACAAACCCAACUCUCUGGACCGGGUUCGGUCGUGAUGCCAGCUCAGCAUGCUGCUCCUGUUUCUGUUCCGGCUCCGGCGCCAGCAGUCUCAAUGAUGUCUGAAUGUGUGAACCAGCCGGCAACUUGGCAAUAUAAGGACGGGUCAUCAAGUUCUCGCAUUUUACAGCAAGAUACCUGCACAGAGGAAGUGUUUCUGGACAAACCAGUAUCAUUGCCGAGCUAUGCCUAUGACAGCCCCUUCUCUGAUGUGGCAUCCGGCAAGGAAGCAAGUGACAGCUACGACAGCUUGGCCAGCGGAGGCAAAGGGGAAGGAAAACAUCGCAAGCACCAUCGGAAGUCAGCCCGCACACGCUCUCGGCAGGAAAAGACCAGCAAACCCAAACUGAGCAUGCUUAAUGUGUGCAAAACAGGUGACAAGAUGGUUGAAUGUCAGCUGGAGACUCAUAAUCACAAAAUGGUGACGUUUAAAUUCGAUCUGGACGGAGAUGCUCCUGAGGAAAUUGCCACGUACAUGGUAGAGAACGGCUUCAUCCUUCCGUUAGAGAAAGAAAUCUUCAUUGACCAGCUGAAGGACAUCGUGGAUAAAGCAGAAGACGUGUUAAAUGAUGACACAGAGGGCGAGAAGGUGUCCACUUUAAGUUGUAGUCCCCAAAGAGGCAAUAAUUCUGAUGGACACGUGGGAGAGACGACACAGUCCGGAGCAUCCCAGCCUGUUUACCAGCAGAAUGUUCUUCACACAGGAAAAAGAUGGUUCAUAAUCUGCCCUGUGGAGGAGACCCCCCUAUCCAGUCAGGAAACCCCGUCUGAGGGCACAGCUUCGCAGUCCCCCGGGAGUUCUGCCAACACACAGCCUGCUGGAACUGCUCGGCCUUCUACAUCACGAGCUGAAGAGGGCUCCUCCUCCACAAUGUCUGGUGGGAGUGGAGGUUUCCUCCAUGAUGUGUACGGAUUCUGUAGUCCCCCGAUUAUGUCCAACACGGACCCUCUCCUCUUGGCCACGCUGUCUCCUCCUGUGUCUGCUCCCCCAGCGCUUCAGUCGGUGCCAUCAAUGGAAGCCAUUGUCAGCGUGUAUCAAGCCCAGCCACCCAGAGCUCAGACUUUGCCUCCAUCUUCUCCACAAAGCUCUUUUCGAAUGGACGACCCGCCCGGAUCUCCCGUGGGCGCCGCCUCCCCUGUCCUCUCGGCUUUGCACGCGGCAGACAUCGCCUGUCCUGUUUCCCUGGCAGACGAAGUGCCCUGCUGUCCUCUGGUCAUGCCCCUGUCUCUGGAUGUGAACAUCUCGCCGAGUGGGUCUCCCCUCACUCCUCUCCCGCCGCAAGAGCCCAGCUCUGCCAAAGAGACGCUGUCUCUCUCGUACGCGGCGGCAGCGCGCAGCGAGCGCCCGCAGCAGCCGGUGGUACUCCACCAGCCUUUUUCCAGCGUCGGAGGGGCCAAGGUGUCCUCGCUGCCCCAGAGCCCGGCGCCAACGCAGCAUAGCGGAGGACCCGGCGAGUCGGACGGUGAGGGACGUCCGGCCCGCGGAGGUUUUGUGGACAGCACCAUAAAAACUCUGGACGAAAAACUUAGGAACUUGCUGUACCAGGAAUACGCUCCCAUGUAUCCAUCAGGUAGCGCUGCUGAGACGCCAGGUUCUUGUACAGAGUACAUCCAGUCUCCUCCUGGUCCUGACAGCGCUACUGGGGGGUCAGGAAACAGCACGCCAGGUCCUUUGGAGGAGGGUCGCUUUAGAGCAGGAGAACAACUGCCACAAAUUCCAGAGAGAAUGGAUAGCUUGAGCACUCUAAGUGACUCUGCUGUGUGUGCUUCGCAUUCAAAAAGACACGUCCCACAUUCUGUCUCCUGUUCUGGGGCAAGAGGCCGGUUUAAGAUCAUCUCGGCUCCUCCUGACGUGGCCAACAAGCGAGACGUGAAGCAGAGGAGCUGGAGCAGCGUUGCCUCGCCAGCGCACCCUGCAGGUUUCAAUGGUCCCACCGAGGCCAUGACUCCCUCCACCACCAUCGGACGUUUCUCUGUGGUCAGCACCGAGGACGACCUCACGCAGAGAACUCGCUGCAGCCGCUACUCCGCCCCUCCUGACUUCUACCUGGACACGCCUCCCUCUGUGGCGAAUCAGAACACCUUGCCUCACCCCAUCGCCUCGGCGUCCGUGCCUGUGGACAUCACAGUUCACGCUCGCUCCCUCUCCUCCGACUCAGGGGCAGAGAGCAGCCCGGCUAAGGCGGCCCCGGCCACCCCGAGUCAACGCGCUCGCUCCGAGCGAAGAGGAAGCGACCUGAUGAAGAGGGCGGUGGCCUUCCUCAGACGUUCGGGGCGCAGCAGCAGUGUGCAGAGUUCCGAUUCUCCAAGCAGGCGUGGAGGCUUGCCCGGUUCUGCCUACGCCAGCAGCGAUAAUGACUCCGAGAUGGAGGACUCCGACAUGAAGAGAGAACUUCAGAGACUGAGGGAGAAACAUCUAAGAGAGAUCUCUGAGCUUCAGGCCCACCAGCGAGGAGAAGUGGAGCUGCUGUAUUGCCGGCUGGGGAAAGCCCCCCCCGCAGGGCUGACGUACUCGCACGUAGCGCCGCCUGUGGGCCGCAGAAAAAGGUCUGGCAAGCACAGGCUAAAACCCGGCAAACUGCUCAGCCCUCUGGUGCAGCAGUUCCGACACGUCACCAAUAAAAGCGCAGACUGCGGCAGAACCGCCGCUCCAGGAAGCGGUGACACGGCUGUGAGCUUAAACGGAUCUCCAGCCAGGGGGUCCAUCGCCACUCAGGGCGGGGCCCGCUCUUGCACCGGUCACUUACCCAGCUCCGCCUCGGAACCCGUGCAGACUCAGCAGCCCUGCUCCCUCAAGUGCUCCUUGUCGACGGAUAACAUUUACGCGGGACUGUAUGGAGAUGGCACCAGUGCACAAGCGCCGCUAGGACAAGGCUGGUCUAAUCACCCUCAACCGUCUGAGAGAGUGACCUAUAAAUCCAGUAGCAAGCCCCGAGCUAGAUUUCUCAGUGGGCCUGUGCCUUUAUCUAUCUGGACGACGCUGAAGCGACUGUGUCUUGGCAAAGAGCGCGGCAACAGGUUCGGCGCCAAUUCAGGGGCUGUUAAUCCGUCGCAGCAGCCGCCCACCGGGGCCACGCCGCCUCCUCAUCCGCCAGUGAUGGGACUGGCGCAGGCUCAGGCCAAUAACAGCAACAACAAGACAGGAAGCUACGCCGGCUCAUCAAUGAGUGCCGCCGACAUCAACCUGCCUGAAGAUCUGCAAAGACUGAUGGAGCACUGGGCCCAGGAGGUUCUCAUUGUCUCCCACAGGCCGCACACUAACUCCCUGCACAUUGGUGGGCAGCAGCUUCUGGAUCAGAUGCUUCCCACAACUCGUGAAGAACUUGCUAGUACUUCAGAGGUGUUGUCAUGGAUGAUCCCAGGUGUGGAAAGCAGCCACCUUCCACUGACAUGCCCUGAAAACCUCGCCAUGAUCAACACAGGCCCAGGCAGCGUUUGUCAGCUCCUCUCGCCCGCUCAUCUCCGCCUGGGUCAAUCACCCCUCGCCCUUCCUUCUGGAAUCUCUGCCUUUCCUGGUACGCCUCCUGCUCCCCCAGAGGCGGACCCCAAAGCAAGAACUCUCUAAUCCGACGUAGCAGCGUCUUCCAAGUCGUACCAAAAAACACAAGUUGUAGUCCAUGUGCAAAUACUGUACAUAGUGUAUUUAAGCAUACCUCAUGUUCAUGUGCAGUGCAAUGGCUGUUAUCAAAAUGCUGAUUCGGGUCAUUGCUGGAGUGACUUGACUUCAUUUGUGUUGCUCUUGUAUAUAAGAAGUCAUCUGUACAUAAGUUGUGUGUUUGUACAGUAGAUGCUGCUGCAGCUUGGUGUCUUAGUGCAACACCUGAGCAGUCGGCAUCAUGGCGACACUGUGAACGACCUGUGCUCCCCAGGACACUGCUAGGGGUUCUUAUUAUAUACACUAUAUCAUAUUUAGAUAAAUAUAUAUUUUUAUUUUUA